GUGUUCCUCUCCAUGUACGCGGCGGCGUUUCCGGAAUCAUGGCGGCGAUGGGAAGCAGGGAGGCAGCGUCGGCGGUUCCGAUCGAUGAGUUCAGCAAAAUGCGGAUAACCGGUGUCUGGAGCGUCCUGCUGUCUGUUCAGUGGUCAGAGCCAUGGCUGAUUGGGCUGCUAGCUUUUCAUGCCUUUUGCUUUCUACUUACCUUGAUAACAGUUAAAUUCUACAAGUUUCAGAUUGUCCAUUUCCUUUUUAUGAUUGUGUUGGUGUACUGUGCAGAAUAUAUUAAUGAAAUGGCAGCAAUGAACUGGAGGUUAUUUUCCUUGUACCAGUACUUUGAUUCCAAUGGGAUGUUCAUUUCACUUGUCUUUUCAACACCACUUUUAUUGAAUACAAUGAUCAUCGUGAUUGUGUGGGUGUACAGAACUCUGGCAACAAUGACAGAACUAAAGUCACUGAAGCAGAAAAGAAGUGCAAUCAAGGAAAAGGGAAAGAAAGCCAAAUAAGAUUUUUUUUUUAAAUUUCUAAGUUAUUCUGAAAUCCUGCAUAUGGUUGCCAAAUCAUCUGGAAUUAUCUUGCCUUCCACUCCUUAGAUAAGGUGCAAUACAGUGUGGAGCUGGAGGACAGCAGGCCAGGCAGCAUCAGAGGAGCAGGAAAGUUGACGUUUCAAGUCAGGACCCUACUUCAGAACACAGUGAUCAUAGUGGUAUGAGUUUCUCCCCUUCUGAAGAAGAGUCCCCUGAUGCUACCAGGCCUUCUGUGCUCCUCCAGCUCCACACUGUAUUGUCUCUGACUGCAGCAUCUGCAGUUCUUGCUAUCUUCCAUUCCAUACAGUUGGACAAAGAAUAACUUGAAUGUAAACCAGGAAGAUUGUAAAGAUUUUUAUAUGGCAAAGAAUUGUUGUUUACACCUAUGCUAACUUUGUCAUUCAUAUCAAUGAAUUGAGGAAAUACAGCCUUUGUUGCUAUAAAGCUGAUGGUCCUGUGGUAUCUUAGCACAGCAUGUGCUUCUUUGUUAAAUAAUGAGUGACAUGAUUAGAUAUCUAACGGGAUCAGUCAUAUGACAAAGGUGACCAUGAUUACUCAGCAUAGAGUACAGUUUUUGUUUUUAGUACCACCAGUGCUAAAACUAAAACUAAAACUGAUGGCUGGAAAAUGGCAAGUGACACUUGGUAUGUAUGAAUUCGAUGUUUUGAACAUGUCGUUGAGUUGGUGCACUGUGAAUAUUAGACUGUGUUAUUUUACAUCCACUUUAUUCAUCGGUAUCUUUAUCAAUGAUGCCUUUAUCUGCAACACAAGGUUUUAUAAUACAUUUCCAGGAUCAGUUAUCUUUGUAAGUCUAGCACUUGGUUUGAGCGUGUGGGUGUAUGUGAAGAGAUAUGCAUUACAAUGGUUAAUUUAGCCCUCACGAUAUGGGAUAUAGAGUAGAUAUGAGAAAAAAAUUUCUGAAAAGUUUGGCUGUUUGUCGAAAUUCUUGCUUUAGGUGAAUAGCCAAAAAAAAGCAGUUCUAUCAACCAAUUGAGAAGAAAAAUAACCUUUGCUGUCAACAUGGGAUACACCUGUACAGUUGGAUGUUGUAACUAAAACUACCUGUGUACAGUCCAGUGAAGGUUUAUAUCAAUAAAAUUUCAAUUGUGGAAUAUUUCUGAAUCUUUGGAGAAUCUAGGCUGGAAUCCUCCGAUGGAUUGCACAGAGCAAUAAUUUAACAUCUAUAUAUAACCAUUCACAGAAAUUCAUGUCCUCAAGUGAUUUAUGCAACUAGUAUAGACAACUUUUAUUAGGAAGGAAACUCUCUCCACAUCAGUUAAAUCUUCAAGGCUGGAGUCAGCCAAGAAUUUCCUGAUUGCCAUAUGUUUUCUGGUCCUUAUUGCUAAGUAUAUUGGAUAGUGGAAAGAUCACAUUUUUUUGCUCUGUACAACUUGUGUAAACACAUGUAUAAAUAUAUAUCAGAAAUGGAUACGUGAGUAUUUUUAUAUAUCUGUUGAAGAUAAUUCAUCAAAGUUCUACUGCCUGCAUGUUUUCUGCUUAUACUUAUAAGGGCACUUUUAAAAGAAGGAGCGGACCAAAUUAUUUAUUUUUGAAGUGAAGAUUAGCAAAUUUAUUACAGUUACUUUGACAUUAUGAAGCAGUUAUCAUGCUAUUUUGGCUGAGCUCAAGUGGCCAUUACAUUUCCUCCUUGAAGAAACAACUCCUCAUUCAUAAAUCAGCUAUUUAACACACAUACUUUAUGUAAAGUUAUAUUGUCUGAAAUUCUUUUAACAGCAGAAUCAAUGCAUUUACAAUUACACAUCAUGUUUCUUUAAAAAUAAUUUAUUGUUAAAAGUUUCUUUUUUCAAGACACUCCAUUUUCUGAGGCUUGGGUCUCUGACAGUGAAAAAUAGCAAGGAACUUGACCAUGCUAGGCACAUGUCAUUUUUACAUCACUGUAUAAUUACCCUCCGAGGUGGCAGCCUGAACAAAGCUUUGUGCCUCAACGGCUGGAAGUAUGACAACCACUGCAGCAAUUAAUAGUGGAAUGUUCGAGCAAACACAACUAUAUAAGAACAGAUAUUUCAGAGAUUUGUGGCUAGAGGUUAUCUCAGAGAUUGGGGCAAGUGAGGCCAGUAGACAAAUCUGAAAAGGAGAGUUUGUUUUUUCUUUGAAAAAUAAGCACCAGAAGAUGUCAGCUAACUGUACAGUGAUUGAUGAAAAAGAUUUGGUGUAAGUAAAGACAGUGUUUUGGAUGAUCUCAGAUUUGAGGAGGAUUGAAUUAUGGAAUGCAUUGGCAUCAGUGCUCAGAAUUCAGCUGUUCACAGUGUACGACCAAAUGUAAUAAAAUUUCCUACUGAUACGAAACUGGGUAUGUGAAUAGUGAAGGAGAGAAAUGAAAGCUCACAAGGACUUGAACUGGCUGAAUGGAUAGACAAGAACAUUGAAGAUAGAGUAUAUGUGAGUAAGUAUGAAGUUAACCACUUCAGUAGAGAAAGCAGAAAGGGAUAGAAAGUGUUCAUGAUCAAAUUGUUGCCCUUCAGAUUUCAUCAAAUGGCAGAAAUUGGAGGAUAGAUUGUUAAAAGAAUACCAGAGACAUUGCUGCAGGAGCAGAGAAGGAAGCAUCAAAAUUAGACCACAAUUAGAGAUAAGAAUGGAACCAGGCAAUUGCAUCAUCUUCCAACUGGACAGUGAAGAGGUGUUGAAGGAAGAUGAUAUGGUCAACAAUGUUAAAAACUGCAGUCAGAUUCGGAGGAUUAAGAGAAAGAGUCUACCUUGACUCAAAGCAUAUCAUAUUGCUAUGGGUGGUUUUGUAUUAUAUGCAUUUUAAUUCCUUUUGCAAAUAUCUUGUAAAUCAGUCCAAAAAAAUCCCCAGUUCCAAGUAAUGCCUGAAGUUUCACAUGAUUAUUGAAUGCAUCCAGUGAAAGAAAAAAUAGCUCUCUCUUCCCUAACUUUAGCAAGAUGAUUCUAAAUCUUCUCCUCAACUGAUCACAGAUUCAUUACUCUCUCAUCACUCCAUUGCUCACGUGGUUUGGUCAUCAAGUUCAAAUGUUCAGAUAAUGGAUUUCUGAUUUAGGCAAUGAAUGCAUACUUCACAUUGAAUUUCUCCAAUCUUUAAUUGAUUAAUCCUCAAUGGGGGCUGAUACCUUUUAAAAGCAAAAUGCUUCUUGCAAUGUGUAUCGUAGAAGAUGGUGUUCAUUAUAGUGAAGUGGUACUAAAAUGUUAUCAGGAAUAUGUUGAAAAAAGCAUAUCUGAAUAAUUAAAUAAUUAUUUCUUUAAAGUGAUAAAAUUUUGCAAAUUACUUGCACGUGUCUGUUACAUGAACAAUACAAAGCAUUUAAAACUGCACUGAUUUUUAAAAUUUGGAACAAAGUCUUACAUGAGAUGUAAAAUGCAGUGUGUGCAAAAAUAUCAGUUGUUUCAACAUGUUCAUGGCAGAUAUAUUUAGAAAUUGGCCGUGUGUGGUUUACCAGCGAAGUUCUGCUUUGAUCAGCCUCUUAAUUGUUUUUCAGGGAUACAAUUAAAACUAAAAUUAAGGGAUUUAGAAUCAGUCACAGAUAUCAAAGAGAGAAAGUACUCCGUUCCUUUCAGGAUUUAGGACAUCCCACAACACUUCACAAUCGGGUACUUUUGAAUUAGAGUCACUUAAAUCCAGAAAAUGUAGCAGCCAAAUUAUGCACUAUUAACAAAUGUCAACUGGAAUUAUGUGCUUAAGUUAGUAGUGUAAUGCAGAAAUGAUCAUGUUUAGCUCAUAGUGAGAAGACUGUCAUUUACCUUUCAAAACUCAUGUUCAAUGAAAUUGCCAUUUACUAAAUUAUGACAUUGUUAUAAUCACUAAAAUAUACAGCUUACAAAUUUGCUUAAUAGUAAGGAAUAACAUGGAAAUUUAAUAAAAUACAUUAGCUUAUAAGAAA